UCUUCCAUUCUCACAAACGUUUUUUCUGCGACCAAUCUUCUGGUCUCGCUCUCAGACUUCUUCCAUUUCUCGAUUGUCGUCGAUCUCCAUUUUCGUGGACGACAAGAUGGUGAAGGGACCAGGACUUUACAGUGAUAUAGGCAAGAAAGCUAGAGAUCUUCUUUACAAAGACUACCACAGCGACCACAAGUUCACUCUUACAACGUACACAACGAAUGGCAUCGCUCUUACCUCAACAGGAAUUAAGAAAGGUGAUCUGUUUCUGGCUGAUGUUGGCACACAGUUUAAGAACAAGAACAUCACAACGGACAUCAAAGUGGACACAAACUCCAAUCUCGUAGCAACCAUUACGGUUGAUGAACCUGCACCUGGGCUGAAGACAAUCUUUAGCUUCAUUGUUCCUGAUCAAAGGUCCGGAAAGGUGGAACUCCAGUACGCACAUGACUAUUCAGGGAUCAACACAAGCAUUGGGUUGACUGCAAAUCCCAUUGUAAAUUUUUCGGGUGUAGUCGGAAAUAAUACUGUUGCUGUCGGAACUGAUAUCUCCUUUGACACUGCUUCUGGGAACUUCACCAAAUACAAUUCUGCCUUGAGUUUCACGAAUGAAAAUCUCAUUGCUUCCCUGCACUUGAACGAUAAAGGUGAGAACCUAAUUGGUUCAUACUACCACUUUGUGAGCCCUUUGACCAACACAGCUGUUGGUGCUGAGCUUGCACAUAGCUUUGCAACCAAUGAAAAUACCUUGACAAUUGGAACCCAGCAUGCGCUGGAUCCAUUGACUGCAGUGAAGGCUCGAGUCAAUAACUAUGGGAAAGUCAGUGCUCUUAUCCAGCAUGAGUGGCGGCCAAAGUCCCUAUUCACCAUUUCAGGAGAAGUGGACACCAGGGCCAUUGAAAAAAGUGCAAAGGUUGGUCUGGCUUUAGCUCUCAAGCCCUAAAUCAGGUGACAUAUUUCUUUUUAGGGAGGGAAGCAGAGAGGUGAGGGUAUAGGGAAGCAAUAAGGUAAAGCACAUUACAGUCGUCAACCGAUGUUUUUCUCUUCUUUUUUUUUCCAAUCUUGGGUUGUAAAAAAUAAUUGUAGCUGGAGUGGACCAGCAUCAUUUACAUCUCCCUGGUUUUUAGGACAAACACGGUCAAUAGGGGUUUUUACUUGGAAUGUUGUUUCAAUUCUUCUGAUGCUGGUUUGUGCUUUUACAAAACUUUUUUGGGAAUUUAGAGAAAUGUAAACUGACCGUGUUUUU